CAUCAGCACACGCAAAGAGGUGCACUUGUAAUCCACGCCGCUCACUUGCCGAUGUACUACUGAUAGUGUGAGAGCAUCCAGCAGAAGAGAGAGGAGAUAUUCUAAACCACGCGCAUACCCAUGCUUGGAUUUGGCUUUGUUUUUCUUCGCCAAUGCAAAAGGAAAUAUGCAACGAAGCCUCGCACUGCUCUGCACCAGUUUUCUGGGAUUGUGCUUCGGUUCCAGUUUCCCAAGUAAUAUCAACAUAGGAGGGUUAUUCCCAACCGAAUCGCAUGAAUAUGAGGUGUUUCGUUUCGCUCUCUCGCAACACCAGGAAAUCCCCAAAUUGGUACCUCAAGUGGAUAUGGUCAAAAUGGGGAAUAGCUUCUCCAUGACAUAUGCUUUCUGUUCACAGUUCUCAAAAGGAGUGUAUGCCAUUAUUGGGGUAUACGACAGGAAGACCGUGAACAUGCUGAUGUCAUUCUGCGGUGCGCUACAUGUCUGCUUUGUGACACCCAGCUUCCCUAUGGAAAACUCCAAUCAGUUCGUCAUCCAGCUGAGACCCGAACUGCAGGACGCCCUAGUUGGCAUAAUUGAACACUACAAGUGGAGCACGUUCGUCUACAUGUACAGCUCAGACUCUGGACUGUCAGUUCUGCAGAAGGUUCUGGAUACAGCAGCAGAGCGUAACUGGCGGGUGACCUCUGUGAAUGUGGAGACAAUGACAGAGGCUUCCUUCCUCAAAGUGUUCCAGGACCUUGACAAAGGGAAGCAGGGCCAGAUCAUCAUCGACUGUGAGCUGGAAAGGCUUACCUCCAUCCUGAAAAAGAUCGUUGAGCAGGGUAAGAACGUGAAGAGUUACCACUACAUCCUAGCAAACCUGGGGUUUCUGGACGUAAACCUGACAGAGUUUAAAAAGGGUGAGGCUAAUGUAACAGGCUUCCAGUUGGUGAACUAUGCAGACCCAAACGUCAGUAGGAUUGUGCAGCAGUGGAUGGAAUUUGACAACAAAGAUGCCAAAGUUCCCAAACGAGGACUGAAGUAUACUGGAGCUCUCACCUAUGAUGGGGUCAAAGUCAUGUCCACAGCCUUCCAGAACCUCCGCCGGCAGAGGAUAGAUAUUUCUCGUCGUGGAAAUGCUGGAGAAUGCCUGGCCAACCCACCAGCACCUUGGGGCCAAGGCAUCGAUAUUCAGAGAGCACUUCAGCAGGUUCGGAUUGAGGGCUUGACGGGACACAUUCAAUUUAACGAGAAAGGAAGACGGACAAACUAUACUGUCAGUGUGAUGGAACUCAGGCCGACAGGACCAAAGAAAGUGGGUUACUGGAAUGAGGAUGAGAAAUAUGUGAGCACAGCAGCCUACAUCCCUGGAAGUAAUGAAACUUAUGGACUUCAGAACCGCACAUAUAUUUUUACCACCAUUCUGGAAUCUCCAUAUGUUAUGCUGAAGAAGAACCAUGAAAAUUUAAAUGGAAAUGAAAAGUAUGAAGGUUACUGUGUGGAAUUGGCAGCAGAGAUAGCCAAACAUGUGGGAUACCAAUACAUACUGAAGAUAGUGGCUGAUGGGAAAUAUGGAGCCAGAGAUCCUGAGACCAAAAUGUGGAAUGGAAUGGUGGGAGAGCUUGUCUAUGGUAAAGCUGAUGUAGCAGUCGCCCCACUAACCAUCACCUUGGUCAGAGAGGAAGUGAUUGAUUUCUCCAAGCCCUUUAUGAGCCUCGGCAUCUCCAUCAUGAUCAAAAAGCCCACCAAGUCCAAGCCUGGUGUUUUUUCCUUCCUGGACCCUCUGGCCUAUGAAAUCUGGAUGUGUAUUGUGUUUGCCUACAUCGGCGUGAGCGUUGUGCUUUUCCUAGUUAGCCGCUUCAGUCCAUACGAGUGGCAUGCAGAUGACUAUGAGGAAGGAGUUGAGCAGAACCCUAACCAGCCCUCCUCAUCAUCAGGACAACUGGGCCAGGGCCAACAGAACCAGAACCAGCAGAGUCAGGAGCAGACCAAUGAGUUUGGCAUCUUCAACAGCCUCUGGUUCUCACUGGGAGCAUUCAUGCAGCAGGGCUGUGAUAUUUCCCCCAGGUCUCUCUCUGGUCGAAUCGUGGGUGGUGUGUGGUGGUUCUUCACCCUAAUCAUCAUCUCCUCAUACACAGCCAACCUCGCAGCUUUUCUCACUGUAGAGAGGAUGGUGUCGCCCAUUGAGAGCGCUGAGGAUUUGGCCAAACAGACUGAGAUUGCUUAUGGAACUCUAGACGCUGGCUCCACCAAAGAGUUCUUCAGGAGGUCAAAGAUUGCAGUAUUUGAGAAGAUGUGGUCCUACAUGAAGUUAGCAGAUCCCUCAGUGUUUGUGAAAACCACAGAUGAAGGAGUUGUACGUGUAAGAAAAUCCAAGGGGAAGUACGCAUACCUGCUGGAGUCCACUAUGAACGAGUACAUCGAGCAGCGCAAACCCUGUGACACUAUGAAGGUCGGAGGGAACCUGGAUUCUAAAGGCUACGGCAUUGCAACACCUAAAGGAUCUGCUCUCAGAAACCCAGUAAACCUGGCAGUGUUAAAACUGAAUGAACAAGGCCUGUUGGACAAAUUGAAAAACAAAUGGUGGUACGACAAGGGAGAGUGUGGCAGCGGAGGAGGUGAUUCCAAGGACAAGACGAGUGCUCUUAGCCUCAGCAAUGUGGCUGGGGUCUUCUAUAUUCUGAUCGGUGGUCUGGGUCUAGCCAUGCUGGUGGCCCUGGUGGAGUUCUGCUACAAGUCCAGAACAGAGUCCCACAGAAUGAAGCAAACCAUCAACGAUGCCAUGCACUGCUCCACACUGACCAGGAUGAGUGGUAAUGGUAGUGGCGGAGAGAACGGUCGGGUCAUCACUCAUGACUACCCCAAAGCUGUGCAGACGUUGCCAUGUAUGAGCCACGCAGCCAGCAUGGGCCUGGGAGCCUCUGGCAUGUGACCAGCCUGAUGGAGCACCACGAAUCACAUGUAACGCACGGACCUCCCGUUCACCUGCAGUCUGCCCUUGUGUCUGUCUGCCCUAAACAGACACGCCGUACUGCCAAAAUGCACUCUUUACGACUCUGCUCAGUGAACAGCCACCAAUAAAACUCUUUUCUAUAGAAAAAAACAGAAAAAAAAAAAACAUUUAAAAAAAGGAAAAAAAUGUGCUGCAAUAACAAGCCUGUGGGACUUUUUUUUGGGGGGGGUAAAUACAAGUGUUCGUUUAUGUCAUGAAUUUAAAAAACAAAAAAGACAUGUCUUGUGUCUGAUUUGACACUUGCGCUGUGCCAAUAUUAUAAACCUGUUUACUUCUGUCUGAUUGUGCAAUAUUUUUGUUCAUAUCAGUGUUCAGCAAUGUUGUCUCUAACUUGACUUUCUUUUCAAGAAUUAGAUAACAGGUAUGUUUUUGCACAGAAAUGGUCUAUAAAAAUUACAGUUCAUUUUCCUUUCUUGCUGGAAAAGAGUUUGAGUAAUCUAAUAAGCCUUCAAUAAUGGCUAAGCUCAUAUUAAUUUAUAUGGAUCCAGUGCCCCAUACCGAAAGACAACAUUGCUCCUUUCUCUUCACCCUUCAAGCUGAAGUAUGUAACUUUUUCAGUGUUUAAAAACUUUCUUCUAUCCCAACUUUAUAUGCAGGGACAAAUACAAGUAAGCCAUUCAUAGGUUAAUAUUCUCGAAAACUGUAAACACUGUAUCUCUGUGGCACUAUCAAAAUUGGUGUGUUUGUUUUGAGUGACCUACCCCAACAACGUUACUCAACUAAUGGCGUGAGUUGGGGGUGAGGCUAUCUGGUUGUUUGAACAACUGCAGAUUAGGAGGCGCAUUCAGAAAGCAUUACAUUACAUACUUCAGCUUUUACAUCUAUCACUCAUUACACCGAUCAGCCACAACAUUAUAAACACCUGCCUAAUAUUAUGUAGGUCUUUCUCGCGCCGCCAAAAACAGCUCUUACCUGUCGAGGCAUGGACUCCACAAGACCUCUGAAGGUCUCCUGUGGUAUCUGGCACCAAGACAUUAGCAGCAGAUGUGGGGCCUCCAUGGAUCAGACUUGUUGGUCCAGCACAUCCCAUACAUUUUCGAUCGGUUUGAGAUCUGGGGAAUUUGGAGGUCAAGUCAACACCUUGAACUCUUUGUCAUGUUCCUCAAACCAUUUCUGAACAAUUUUUGCAGUGUGGCAGGGCGCAUUAUCCUGCUGAAAGAGGCCACAGCCAUCAGGGAAUACCGUUGCCAUGAAGGGGUUUACGUAGUCUGCCACAAUCUGUAGGUAGGUGGUACGUGUCAAAGUAAAAUCCACAUGAAUGACGCACACACACCUGCCCAUCCACAUGGUCUAGAAGAAAAUGUGAUUUAUCAUACCAGGCCACCUUCUUCCAUUGCUCCAUGGUCCAGUUCUGAUGCUCACGUGUCCAUUGUAGGCGCUUUUGGUGGUGGACGGGUCAGUAUAGGCGCUCUGACCGGUCUGCGGCUAUGCAGCCCCAUACGCAGCAAGUUGCACUGUGUGUUUUGACACCUUUCUAUCAUGGCUAGCAUUACGUUUUUCAUUAAUUUGUGCUACCGUAGCUCUUCUUCGGGAUAGGACCAGACGGGCUAGCCUUCGCUCCCCAUGCACUUCAGUGAGCCUUGGGCGCCCAUGACCCUAUUGCUGGUUCACCAGUUGUCCUUCCUUGGACCACUUUCGGUACGUACUAUCUUCUGUAUACCAUGAACACUCCACAAGACCUGCCGUUUUGGAGAUGCUCUGACCCAGUUUUCUAGCAAUCACAAUUUAGCCCUUGUCAAGGUCACUCUUUACACUUGCUAAAUGUUCCUGCGUUCAACACGUGAAAUUCAAGAACUGACUGUUCACUUGCUUCCUAAUAUAUCCCACCCCUUGACAGGUGCCAUUGUUCACUUCACCUGUCAGUGGUUCUAAUGUUAUGGCUGUUCAGUGUACUGUAUAUUGAAUAUGUCAAGAAACAUAUCAGCACAUUCAACAAUCUGUCAAUAGUGUAAAUAUUCCAAUGUAAAUCUGAAAACGAGUAAGGGGUGAAUUUGAUUUUGUUGUCGAUCAGUAGAACUAGCUGAACUGGACUUGUUGAUUACAUUGCUCUGUGAUUUCCCACCUCAAAGACCUUGCAUAGCUGCUACGCCUCUUUCGGGCACCAUACCUCAUCUGAAAUUGGACUCGAGAAUGAGCUGCCACCUGUUGAUCGCCACUUCAUUGGGAGCCUUAGCAGGAAGGACUCAUUAUAUUUAGCCUCAGUAAAAUUUUUAUAGGCACCUGAAGUUAAAUGUACUUUAAUGAGCUAGUUUGUCCCCAACACACAACACUAAAGUGAAGCCAUUGAGAGUACAUUCUGAGAAGAUAUUCUUGCAUGGUGCCCACUGAAAUGUCCCUGUCAUGUUUUUAUAAAAUACUUUGUUGAUGAUUCAUUCACAUGGAACCCUAUCCUGCACCCAGGUUAUCCCAAGUAGGUUUUGCUGCAGCCCGUAGAUUUUUAAAUUGGGACAGAAACUCCAUAACAGGGUGGGUUAGCUCCAGAAGGGACAAAGUUAUUCCAGUAGAAGGUUAUUGUCAACUUCAAAAGGGGGCGACAAUUCCACACAUGGUUAGGGCAAAGAAAAAGGUUAGAUGGGGAUCUGUGUACCUCUGUUGGUGGUUUUGAGCUCACACCCCUUUUUGCAGCUUUAUCCUUCUUGAAUCUCCACAGAGUUCUACAGAAUUUCAGUAGCCGUAACUCAGUUUGUACACAUCACCUGCCUUUUUUGUGUUUGUUUAUUAAAGACCCCAUGUGGCUUGAUGAGCACAGUUUUCCUUCAAGUGUUGAUGUAUUUCCUUUUGAAACAGGAAUUUUUGAAUUUUUUUGUCACAGCCAUGAACCAUGAUUAGCUACUUGGUAAUUGGUUGUAGGUGGUGUAGAGGGAGGGACAUUUCUAGAGAGCAUUUGAUUAAACAAAAAUCUGAUUAGUGCGUAGUUGUUAGUAUUUUUAUUACUUUUUCCCGGAAGAGAAAGACUUUAAAUUUUGAAUGUGGAUAUCUGCUGAAAGUUUAUUUUGUCAAUGUUAUGGAUGAUGGCGGCUGGAAGGGAAGCAAUUACUGUGUAGCUCCCAAAAGUUGAUCAGAUUGCUACUCAAACAGUAAUAGUCCUUAAAACAAAACCCAGCUCAAAGCUGCUACAAAAUAGGCAAAAUAUUUAUAUAAUAAUUAUUAAAUAUUCACAUUAUUAAUGCUAAAUUAAAUGUGUUAUUUUAAUUUACAAAUAACUACACGUGCAUCUCCGUGCCACAGAACACACCUCGCUUGACAGCUACACGUUUACAUUUCAUUCGCUGUCAAUCACGCAUAUCGUCUCUGGUUACUUAAAUGUAUCCCCUGUUCCCUGAUAAAAGCGGAACGAGAUGCUGCGCUGACUUAGCGCUUUGGGAACAACU